AUGGGUUCUAUUAUUGACUGGUCCCUACGUCCAGUCUAUUCGCCGGAACAAUUGAACCGGUACUUUGACCGAAUCAAUCUACCUCAACAUUAUCGGCAGUCACCGGUGGUCAAGUUUGGUCCAAGUGUUGACAAUGAUGCCGCCCUGGCCUUUUUGAAAGUUCUGCAACGAUACCAGGUGGCCGCGGUACCUUUUGAAAAUCUCAAUCUGCAUUAUGCAGUCCAUCGGCACAUUUCCAUUGAUCCCCAGAAACUAUUUGAGAAAAUAGUAGACCCCAAAUCCGAUCGGGGUGGAUACUGUAUGGAGAAUAGUACUCUUUUUGGGACCGUUCUUAGGAGUCUUGGGUAUAACGUUACCUCGGUCGGAGGUCGGGUAAACGAGGCAGUCCAGCCUAUAUCAGCCUCGAAAAAUUGGAAAGGUCCAAAAUAUGAUGGAUGGAAUCACUUGGUCAAUAUCGUUGCUAUCGGGGAAGAUAAGUACUUAAUCGAUGUGGGAUUCGGCUCAAAUGGUCCACAUCAGCCACUUCCAUUAAUCGACGGGUUUGAGGCCCAUAAUGUUGGCGACCAGACUAUACGUCUUAUCUAUGGUCCUAUUGCCCAGCACACGAGAGCUGGCCAAUUCCUCUGGCAGUAUGAGAUCUGCAAUGCAGGCAAGGCGUGGAUUCCUGCCUAUUGCUUCACUGAAAUGGAAUUCCUUCCGGAAGACUUUACGAUCAUCAACUACUAUACGAGCACCAGUCCGGAUAGCUGGUUCGUUCAACAAGUUCUGUGUGUAAGGAUGAUUCUGGAUGAUGGAGGUGGAAAGCUCAUUGGAGAUCUAACACUAUUCGAUAAUACACUCAAGCGCCGCCUGGGGGCCACAUCAGAGGUCCUGCAAACCUUCGCUUCCGAGGAGGAGCGUGUGGCUGCUCUUGAGAAGUUUUUUAACAUUUCAAUUUCAAAGGCAGAUCAGGAAAGUAUCCGCCAAACGAUGUCAGAAAUUCUAUAG